GAUUCGUUCCUCCACUGCCUUUUCUUAUAUAAAUAACCCCAAAUUUCUAACUUUCUCAAUCACUUCGAUCUGCUUUUCUUAUAUAAAUAAUCCCUCUCUCUCUCUCUCUCUCUCAUCAUCUGCGAAGAACUAACAAACUCUUCGCUCUGCUCUCUCUCUCUGCUCGAAUUUACUAACGCUUCCCAUCUCUGCAGGCUUUAAUUUGAUUCCUCUUUAUAUCUAAUCUCUCGUUGUUUAAUCUUCUAAUCCGUUUCGUUUCGUAUAAUCCCCAUCGCUUUUGUGUGUGUGUUUUCUAUUUGUUAUUGGAUUAUUUGUCUUUUGUGUUUGUUUGUUUGUUUGUUUGUUUGUUGAUAAUAAUGGAUACAGGUUUGAAUCGAUGCCCUCUUCAAGAACACUUUCUUCCCAGGAAAAGUUCCAAGGAAAACCUGGACAGGUUCAUACCCAACAGAUCAGCUAUGGAUUUCGACUAUGCACACUACGCCCUUAUGGAAGGUAAAAAAGGUAAGGAUCAAUCAGCAGCGGUAAGUUCACCAUCCAAGGAGGCAUACAGGAAGCAGUUGGCUGAGACCAUGAACCUCAACCACACCAGGAUCCUCGCCUUCAGAAACAAACCUCAGGCUCCUGUAGAUCUUCUUCCCACCCAUCACUCUGCUUCUCUUCACCAGCAACCUAAAUCCGUGAAGCCUCGUAGAUACAUUCCUCAGACUUCUGAGAGGACCUUGGAUGCACCUGACAUUGUGGACGACUUCUACCUCAACUUGCUUGACUGGGGCAGUGCUAAUGUCCUAGCCAUAGCCUUGGGCCACACUGUUUACUUGUGGGAUGCUUCCACCGGUUCUACAUCUGAGCUUGUCACCGUUGAUGAAGAGAAAGGACCUGUCACAAGCAUCAAUUGGGCGCCUGAUGGUCGUCAUGUUGCACUUGGACUCAACAACUCUGAAGUCCAGCUCUGGGAUUCUGCUUCCAACCGUCAACUAAGGACAUUGAAGGGUGGUCACCAGUCAAGAGUAGGAUCAUUGGCAUGGAACAAUCACAUCCUGACUACCGGAGGAAUGGAUGGACUGAUCAUCAACAAUGAUGUGAGGAUCAGAUCACCCAUUGUGGAAACUUACCGAGGUCACACUCAAGAGGUUUGUGGUCUGAAGUGGUCAGGAUCUGGACAACAACUAGCGAGUGGUGGCAACGACAAUGUGGUACACAUAUGGGAUCGUUCUGUCGCCUCCUCAAACUCAACCACGCAAUGGCUGCACAGGCUUGAGGAACAUACAUCUGCAGUGAAAGCUCUUGCGUGGUGCCCUUUCCAAGCGAAUUUGCUUGCAACUGGUGGUGGUGGAGGAGACAGGACCAUCAAGUUCUGGAAUACUCACACCGGGGCUUGCCUGAAUUCAGUAGACACUGGUUCCCAAGUUUGUUCGUUGUUAUGGAGCAAGAAUGAAAGAGAGUUGCUUAGUUCACAUGGGUUUACACAGAAUCAGCUUACACUUUGGAAGUACCCAUCCAUGGUGAAAAUGGCUGAGCUCACCGGUCAUACAUCAAGAGUUCUAUAUAUGGCCCAGAGUCCAGAUGGUUGUACCGUAGCUUCAGCAGCAGGAGACGAGACUCUGAGAUUCUGGAAUGUUUUUGGAGUACCAGAGACCGUCAAAAAAGCUGCCCCAAAAGCAGUUUCUGAGCCGUUUUCUCACGUGAAUCGUAUUCGUUGAAGCUGUGACUAAACAACAAGGAAGCCCAUUGAUUGUUACAAAUAGAAAAACCCAUUGAAGCUGUGACUAAACAACAAGGAAAAACCCAUUGAUUGUUACCAAUAGAAACCCAUUGAUUACUAAAGGAUUCAUUCUUCGUGAACUGUAUUUGACAAAUAGAGAUUCUUGUAUAUAUUGAAAUUUGCAUAUAAAGAUUAUGGUUUUAUACUCUC